AAGGGACUCAACCCCUAAACUUACUUGUCUUGUUCUUCCGUUCACAACAAACUAGAUGAUCUUCUUUCCAUUGUAAAAGUUCUAUCCUUUCCUUGGCUCAGGACAGAUCGGUACAUUACAUAAGUCCAUGAAAGAAGAUGAUGAUGAUGAUGAUCUCUCACAUCCUUCCUUCCACCGAUCUGUUUUUUACGUUCCCGUCCCUUAUCAUUUGAAUGUAACAUGAGCCUUUCCAACUUCGUCUUCGGUCCAGCCUCCAUCUGUGGGUUUGUUGUCCGUUCAGGGCCUCUGCCAUCGAAGUCACACUUGAAUGCUGGAUCCUUCUUGUGGGGGCUCGUAUCGAUGCCUGCGAUGCCCUAACUUAUAAAAUCUAAAUUCUGGCCCAUUAACGAUGUCCUUGGUCCCUCCCUCGAGAAAGAAAGGAGGACCAGUCCUAUAGCGAGGCACCGGUCGGUCGUACAGGCACCUGCGUGCUCGUACUUCGUGGUUCUCCAGCUUUCGCUCGUAAAGCCAAUAAUCUCCAAAUAGUUCAUUGUUAGUCAAUCAAUCACGCUUCCCUUGCCCUUUGGUUUCUUCUCAAAAGACGAGCCAAAUUAAGUAAAUAACACCACACCAGAUGUGUGCCAGAAAAUAGCAGGAGGUCCAGACCCUACUUAAAGAACUCUUUGGAUUCUUCUUUCUUAUUCCAAGGCUUUCCGCUCUCCGUGUCUGCCACAUCCACAAAGCAUUUAACCCUUCAGCCUCCAGAUGCAAUCCCUAAAACCCUUUUUUGAGUUCCCAUUCCCAGCUCGAAAAACACUCGAAGAAAAGAAGGCAUCACUUUUGUCCCUACUAGAAUAAAGCUACGCUUCGUCUCGGGCUUGCUGCAUGCCCCCACAUCUUGAACUAAGGUAUCCAUGGCUGGCUUUUAUGUCAAAGUUUCAGAGUAUCUACUAUGGGGUGCCCAUCUAACCACCAAAACUAGCUUCAUUUCAGCAAGGAGAUCCAGGUCAUUUCCCAGAGUAAAGGUGGCCUUUCUCUACACUCCAGGCCAUAAUUUCACAGGGUAGAAGAAAAGGGAGGGAACAAAAUAAAAGAAAAGAACCUCUUCAAGUACAAACCAGACUUCUCAUAGUCGUUUUCAUAUCAAUGGGUGCUCUAAAAGCCAUUAUUCUCUACUUGAUUAUACACCAAACAUGGAAGAUCACAGCUGAUGAUGAGGAAUGGAAGUCUGCUACUGCAACAUACGUCAAGGAGACAAGUGGAUCCAUCAUUGUAGAAGGUGCUUGUGGGUAUGGGGACCUUCACAGGGCCACCUAUGGAAAAUACAGUGCUGGAGUAAGUAGCAUGCUGUUCAACAGAGGGAGUACCUGUGGGUCUUGCUUCGAGGUCAGAUGUGUAGACCACAUCUUAUGGUGCCUGCAGGGUAGCCCCUCCGUCAUUCUCACCGCAACAGAUUUCUGCCCUCCAAAUUACGGGCUUUCAUCGGAUUAUGGUGGCUGGUGUAAUUUCCCCAAAGAACACUUUGAGAUGUCAGAAGCGGCAUUUGCUGAAAUCGCAGAGAAAAAGGCUGAUGUUGUGCCAGUUCAACACAGAAGGGUGAAGUGUGAUAGAAGGGGUGGGCUGAGAUUCACAAUGAGUGGAAAUUUUCACUUUUAUCAAGUACUCAUCAGCAAUGUGGGAUUGGAUGGUGAGGUGAUUGCUGUGAAAGUGAAGGGAUCAAGAACAGCAUGGAUACCUAUGGCAAGAAACUGGAGACAAAACUGGCAAUCCAAUAUCAACCUUAUUGGACAGCCUCUAUCUUUCGAGGUGACUACCAGCAGCAGAAAAACACUCGCUUCUUACAAUGUUGCACCAGCAAACUGGCAAUAUGGCCAGAUAUUUGAAGGCAAGCAAUUCUAGUAUGAUAGGCUUUUAGAGUCGGGCAUAGGUUCACGCUUCCAUUUGCUUUCUCCAGCUAUGCGAAGAAGUAGGUAAUUGGUCAAACGGAGGUAAGAAAGUCGUAGAGGAAAGUUGGGAAAAAUAGGAAUACAAGGUCCCAGUUAUGUCUCUUUACCUGCUUUUAUUGAGUAGAAAGUUAACAACUCGUGAAAUGUGUAAUUACUGAAACGUCAAGGUUUAUGUUCACUUCAAAAGUCAAAAGAAAAGGUUAAGAUAUGUAUCUCUUACCAUGACUUCUCUACCAGGCAAUCCUUGCUUUAUGAA